AUGGAUCUUGACUAUAAAUCUGGUUAUAGAGAAUAUACAUAUUAUAAAUAUUUGCUUUCAUCUAAUAAUAAAAAUGAUACUACACUUUUAGAAUUAAACAUCCUUCCAAAGUUUAUAAAAUACUUGAUUUCUAUGAAUAGUGAAAAAAUUUUUCGUAAAGAUUUAAUAUCUAAAAUAUUAAUUGCUUAUAUAGAUGCAUUAAGUCUUAUACCAGAAUGUAUGCCUUUCUUGCAAUCUUUUGUAUUAGCAAGUUCAUCAAAUGCUAAUAAAUGCAGUUGGCAUAUUGUUUAUUCUCAUACCCAAUUUAUUGAUUAUAGAGAACUUAAAGGCUUUACAAAAAAAGUUAUAGAAUUAGUAGAAGAGCUAUAUUCUAAAUUCAUUGAUGUUGGCCUUCUCAAAUCACAUUUUAAUCUUCGAUUACUUGGAUCAGCAAAAGAGAAUAGAGUUAAAAGACUAGCUAUUUUAUCAAAGCCAGUAGAAGAAAAAUUUAAACAUAUUGAUGAUAAUGAUGCUUUGGUUAAAGGAGCUAAUUUAAAUACCCUAUAUAUGACACUAAACAUGAAAAAGACUAACUCUACAGAUUUAUUUGAAAAAAUAGGCAUUUUAUACUUAAGUAUUAUCACCAAAAACAAUACAAGCCAGAUCACAAAGGCCUUAGCUUUGAUAAGGAAAAGUAUUAAUGUAAAAGAAAUAGAGGAUGCCCUAGAUGCUUUUCCAGACUUUUUAAAUGAAGAGCCUAGUACUACACUUAUUUAUUCUACUGUAGAUACUGGGAAAACUAAAACAUUAAGAAAAAUUUGUAAUGAAUCUGAAGCUAAAUUUAAAGAAUUAGAAAAAUUCAAUUUCAAAGCAGAGCAAUAUCAGAAUAUUGUGGCUGACCUAAAGACAUAUGAUGGAGUUCAUGCUCGAGAAUCUUUCAAUGCUAUGCAUGAUUUGUUAAAUGUAGCUACUCAUAUUAAACAAUGUCAAGAUAAUUUUGCUAAUAUUGAUACUACUUGGAGUGCUCUUGACUGUAUAAUUUAUACAAGUACUGUGGAAGCUGGUAUCUCUUUUGAAAUCUCUGGUUAUUUUGACGCAGUUAUAGGAAUUACUAAUAUUGCCACUUCAGUUCAUAUUGAAACAUUUGCUCAGAUGUUAUUCAGAAUCUGUGACUACCUAUUAUGUAUAGUUUUACUUCAUCAUAGCAAAAAAUUUGACAUUUUCAAAGAACUAUGCCAAGAACUCAUUCAAGCUGAACUUUUAGCAUUAAGUCUCAUUGCUAGUACUGAAGUAACUCUUGAAUUAAUUUUAGUAGAAGAUACUGAAAAAGUUAACAGGAAGGAAACUUCUCAUACUAUUAAGAAUAUUGAGGAAAAAAUUAAAGGUGCAGAUGCAGAAUCAAUAGCAAAUGCAUCUAAUAUUACUUUUGAUGAAGCUGAAAUUCUUAAGCAAAAUCCUAUAUGCUCUUUUACUAAUAAUAUUGCUCUACAAUUAGGAUUUAGUAGUAUUAAUGAUACAAAGAUUCUUUCUGAAGAUGCCUUGCUACUCUUUGGCUUUAAAUCUCAAGCUAAGGAAACUCCUGAUCUCAAAGCUACAGAAAGUACUUAUUGGAUUUAUCAUGUGUCAGAUAAUAGAGCUAGGCUUAUAACUCAAGAAGAACUAAUAGAUAUAAAGUCAAAUACUCCUAAUUAUCACCUUAUAACUCCAAUUCUUCUAUUAUAUAAGCUAGAAUCAAUUAAUAAAACUCAAAAACUUUUCGAUUCAAUACCUAUUACUACUAAUAUAGCUAUUUCAAAAUCUAGUAAUGAGGUUUGUAAAGAAAGUUCUUGCAAUAAUAUAGUUGAGAAAUCUGUAACAAAUUUGUUAUAA